AGGCCAUCAGAAACGGAACCCAGAGCGCGAUGGACAUGCAAGUGAAGCCUGCGCACAAGGCGCGGCGCUUUGUCCGACAAGGCGUUUUGCUCUCACUGCUCUACUUUGCAUUUGCAUCGCUUGUUGCUGUCACGACGUACCAGCUCAGUACGCUCGCCAACACGUCGGUAUUUAUGGGCCUCAACGUGGCUACGUACACGACCAACAAGUUUGCGAUCCCCAUCACCGUGCUGCUGCAAGGGACGACGACGUUGCAGCUCUCGGCUCCACUGCCUUUCGAAGCCAAGCUCUCGCUGACCACGCUCGUGUACGCGGCGUGCAGCAAGCGCAACACGACGUGUGCCAACGGAUUUCAGAGCACGAGCGACCAACUGUGGGGUCACGUGGCCAAAACCCUCGCGCUCAUCCCAGAUUUGGACGACCCGCUCUUCGCAGACCCGACGCAGACGGUCACGGUCCAGCACAUCAACAACCUGAGUGGCUGGAACAAACCGAUGGCGCAGAUCUCGAUUCCAGGCCACGACAUGGCCAUCACGUGCAUGAUCAAGCGAGCGACCUUCUACCGGUCGUCGGCGCCGCCGUCGACGGCCGAGGUCGACUCGAUCGCGUUUUGCUCGAUGCGCAAGUUUGACCCGAAAUGGAUCUGCGAGAACGACGCUGCUUUGGACGCCAACACGUACGCGAUCCGCGCGAGCCAAGGCAAGGCCACGUACCUGGGCGUCGCUCCCCGCAGUGACGUCUACUUGAACCCCGGCUACCUCGCAACGUUUCGCAGCGGAGCCACCGCGAUGCGGCUCACGACCUUGACGUUCUACGACGAGUACCAGCGUGGCAUUCUCCGGACGCUCGCGCCGUGGGACGUGCUGCCAGAGUCGAGUUGCGCGGCGCUGAACACGGACACGGGUCUUGGCUGGCUGCUCCAUACCCAAGGACUGGUGACAAUGGUCUGGGAGAGCGACGCCCUCAUGUUGACCAACAGCGUCGUGCUUUGGCUGCUGACAGCGUACCUUGUGGCGCUGCAGCUCAUGUUUCUGCGGCACAGCGUCGUCUGCAGCGUGUGCGUCUACAUGUCCAAGACGGUUGUGGACCUCGCGAUCCUCUUUGUGAGCUUUUACGGCAACGCCAACCUUCAGACGCUCACGACGUACUUGUACAAGCGGCCGAGCGCCGCGACGCCCGUGUACUACAAGUGGCUUGGCCCCGCGCAACUCGCAUCGGUGGUCGGUAUCAUGACUGGUCCGCUCAUCCAGAUGUGGUUCAACCCACGCCUGGUGACGCAGACGUGGCUGCUAGCGGCGUUUAGCAUCGUCAACUGGGUUCUGGUCUUUGUACUCGAAGCAUUUGUGUUUCCAGAAAUGAGCAAGACGGUGCCAGGACGGUGCGGGUAUGCGACGUCGAGCAACUGCUUUAGCUUUGAUGCGAUCGACCACACGUACUAUCUCUCGGCCGUCGCGUCCGGCGGCGUCAUCUUGGUCGCAAUUCUCUGCGUCUACGCGCACUCGGCCUACAUGGCCAGAGCGCACAAAGCCUACACUAUACCCGCAACCAACUCGGUGCUCCAGUACCUUGAGAUCACCGACUUUUCCAGCAUCCUCACGUCGCCGUACGGUCUCCUCGUGACGGCCGACGACGGCAAUGUUGGCAUUGACAAUGGCGUGCUCUUGGUCAAGAACAUGCUCCAAGUCUCGGACGCCGUGCUCACGCGCACGUCCAAUGUCCAAUACGAACUCGUCUACCGCUUCAUUCCAACGAAAUUUCUGCGGACGUUCUUUAGCCGCGCGAUCGGCACCGUCCGCGUUGUGUCGAUCGACAAAAAUCGCAUUGUGCGCCACUCGAGCUUCAAGUACUUGCACGAGAUGGCGCUGACCCAGCGCCCGUACUCGCCCUACUACACGUGAAAAGUCGAUACAAGUACGGUCGGCGACAAACUGUACAUUCGACCCAGAGAGAAUACGAAAAAUGCAUGUGUAUACCCCUGCGUCGCUCUCUAACAAGUGAUCGACCACCUGCACAGCAAGAUCAUG